AUUUUCGUCGACCACAAUGAAGUUCGGUGCGUUGUCGAGUGACGACCGGUCACUGUCAUGAACGUACAGACGGUUGCAAGCCAUUAUUGAUUAAAAGCAGACAUAUUUUUAUUCCGUGAUAUUAUUAAUGUCUGUGAUUAAAAGAUACUCUAAUUUUACAAUGAUUACAAUAAUCUAACGUACGAAGGUCGUACGAAUCUUCUUACUUUUUACUAAUUACUAUAUAUUAUGCGUCGUACUCUAUAGUUGGUGCUACAUAUGCUGUAAAAUUGUGCAAAUUUUAUUAUUAAUAUUUUAUUAAAAUGCCAAUGACCGAUCUAUUAUCCACGCUCGGUGACAAUCCAUACUUCAGCGCAGGUUUCGGUCUGUUCGGGCUUGGGUUGGGGGCGGCUGUGUUGCGCAAGGGCGCUUCAGCCGGCGUAGUGUUGUUUCGCCGAAAUUUCAUGAUGACCCUGGAAGUGCCGUGCCGUGACAAAAGCUAUCAAUGGGUACUGCUGUGGGUAACGCAAAAGGCAGCCCGGCGCACUCAGCACCUGAGCGUAGAGACGACUUUCGAGCAAAUGGACACUGGACGAGUGAACACCACGUAUCAUUUCUUACCCAGUAUUGGAGUACAUUUGAUCGAGUAUCAUGGUAAAUAUAUUCAAGUUACAAGAACGAGAGAACAACAAUCGUUAGAUUUACAUGCUGGUGUUCCAUGGGAAAAUGUUGUACUCACCACAUUUGGCACAAAUAAGUCGAUAUUCACUAAUAUAUUAGAAGAAGCUCGUCAGAUGGCUUUAAAAACAUUGGAAGGCCGUACAAUAGUAUAUACUGCAUUGGGAUCAGAAUGGCGUCCUUUUGGACACCCACAAAAACCUAGGCCUCUAAAAUCAGUUGUAUUAGAUGAUGGUAUUUCUGAAAGAAUAUUGAAGGAUGUACAAAAGUUUAUUGCCAAACCUUAUUGGUACAUUGAGCGUGGAAUACCAUAUAGAAGAGGUUAUUUAUUGCACGGUCCACCUGGUUGUGGAAAAACAUCUUUUAUUAAAGCUUUAGCUGGAGAACUACAGUAUGGCGUAUGUUUAUUAAAUUUAAGUGAACGUGGACUCACUGAUGAUAGAUUAAACUAUUUAAUGUCUGCUGCUCCUCAAAAUACAAUUAUAUUAUUAGAAGAUGUAGAUGCAGCUUUUGGUGGAAGACACGAAUCUAAACAAGUUGCUACUGCUUAUGAUGGUCUGAGUCGGGUAACAUUAAGUGGCUUAUUAAAUGCUCUUGAUGGAGCUGCUUCAUCUGAAGCUAGAAUACUAUUUAUGACAACAAAUUACAUUGAAAGACUAGAUGCUGCAUUGAUUAGACCUGGUAGAGUAGAUUCCAAGGAGUAUUUUGGACAUUGUUCACAAUCACAAAUUGAACGAAUGUAUAAUCGAUUUUUCCUAGAAAAUAAUGACAGUGAAAAAUAUGCUAAAGAAUUUGCAGAAACUGUUUUUAAAACUGGAAAACCUGCAAGUGCAGCUCAAAUACAAGGUUAUUUUAUGUUAUUCGAAGACUCUUCUCCCAGUGAAUUAAUUAAGAAUCAUAAUUUAAUUUGGGAAGCUUAAAUAAUUAUAAAUACAAGUUUGUUAUAGAACUAUGCAAUUGUUGUUACCUAUCUGUUUCUCAAUUAUAUUAUUUAUAAUUUUGAGUGACUAUCAAUCAACAAUGAGUGAUGUGUAUUUGAAUGCUGUAAUAAUAGUAAAAUAAACUAUAUAUUUAUUUGA